AUGUCUUCCUCACCGCCACAGCCGACUCAGUCGACGAAGCGACCUCUAGAGGAGGCUUCCUCUCCUUCUCGCGCUACAGACCAACCUGACGCGAAGCGUCCCGCGCUCGACAAGAUUCUGAAGAACGAUGGCGAAGUAAAGAACACCACGGCGUUGGAGGAUGCCGUCGAAAGCGCCGAUAAGCACGGCGACGAAGCUUCGAACGGCGUCAAGUCAGAAACCGAGACCACCACUGUCGAUGUCAGUGCCGACGACAAGGUGGCGGCGGCAGCCGGUGCUGCUUCGUCUUCUGCCGCCGCGCACGACGAGACAUCCUGGAUACACAUUCGCGCCGUCAUAUCCAGCCCAGAAGCCGCUACUAUCAUUGGCAAGGGCGGUGAGAAUGUUUCCAACAUUCGCAAGAUGUCAAAUGCCAAGUGCACCGUCAGCGACUACCAAAAGGGAGCCGUCGAGCGCAUCUUGACAGUCAGCGGCAUCGUAGACGCAGUUGCCAAGGCUUUUGGCCUGAUCAUUCGUACAUUGAACAACGAGGCUCUGACGGAAACCUCGACCGCCUCAUCAAAGACGUACCCGCUGCGUCUGCUUAUUCCCCACAUUCUCAUUGGCUCUAUCAUUGGAAAGGGUGGUGCUCGCAUCAGAGAAAUCCAGGAAGCGUCGGGGGCUCGACUUAAUGCUUCGGAUUCCUGCCUCCCCAUGUCCAGUGAGCGCUCGCUGGUUGUGAUGGGUGUUGCCGACGCUGUCCAUAUUGCAACGUACUAUGUCGGCUCGACCCUUCUUGAGCAACUCAACGAACGUUUCGGCGGACCUGCUGCGUCUGCAUAUGCGACUAGAAGUGGUGCGCCCGCUGGCUCUAUUCCUGGCGGUAUGCAAGUAGUGCCGUAUAGCCCCCAGCCUGCCUCUGGUCAGUACGGUCGCAGCGAAAACUAUGGACGCCACUCCGAACGUCGCCCCCCGAUGCCACCUCCUGCUGCCUACCCGGCGCAAUACCCGCCUCAUGCCGGCGCUCAAGCCGCGGUCCCCAGCAUGCCUCUGCACUACGGGGCGCAGGCAGGUGGUUAUGGAGCAGCUGCUCCCCAUGUUCAGCAACACAUGCCACCACACACUGGCGCGCAGCCUCACGGUGGUCCUCAGGCGCAGAACAUGCAUGCCGGCAUGCCCGGUGGCCCAAUGACACAGCAAAUCUAUAUCCCCAACGACAUGGUCGGCGCCAUCAUCGGCAAGGGUGGCCAGAAGAUUAAUGAAAUACGGCAGCUCAGUGGCAGCGUGAUUAAGAUCAACGAGCCCCAGGACAACAGCAAUGAGAGACUGGUUACAGUUACAGGCACUGAGGAGUGCAAUCGCAUGGCCUUGUACCUGCUUUACUCUCGCCUUGACUCGGAGAAGCACAGAAUGUAA